GUGAGUCGUGGGCAAUGCCUGUACCCUUCUUCGUCUGCGCAUCCGCUUCCUCUGCCUUUGAUAUGAUAUAUGAUCACAGGCAGCGGACGCUCUGACUCGCAGCUGUCGGUUCUCGCCGCACGUUCGCGCAAGGACGAGGAGACGCGCGCGGGACCUCCGGCGCAGCACGCGCGCAACAUGGCCGCGAAAGACGGCGCACCGGCGAGCUUCCUGAGCGUGAGCCGCGAGAUGACAGAAUGCAUCAAAAGAGUGAUUGACAAGCCGUCCGUCAAGUUCGCGCAAGCCGUCAAAGUGGAAGGCAAGAACGGGAAAUCAGAAGACAGGGUGCUGGUUCUGGCUACAUGGCGGCUUUACCUCAUGGCUCCAAAAUUACCAACCAAGGUGGAGCAAACGUUUAACUACCUGGAGAUCCGUGCGAUAAGCCCUCACACAGAGAACCAGGUCGUCAUAGAGACAGAGAAGUCCACCUACGUGAUCAGGCUACAGUCGGGCGACCACAUGGACCAGCUGCUCGGCCACAUCAACUUCACUCUCUCGCGCAUCUUCAACAAUUCCACCUGCGUUCCUUCUAUCUUUCAAGCAGAUGGUGAGGUUUCUGAUGGGGGGCACAAAUAUUCGCCAAGCUCUGAAACAUCAGUGGAGGCCCAGAGAGCGUGUGGAGGCUUUUCAGAAACCUACGCCUGCCUCUGUGACUACAACGGCAUCAGCUGCAAAGAGGAAGUGCAGUGGGAUGUGGACACUAUAUAUCACUCCCAGGACAAUAGAGAGUUUAAUCUGCUGGACUUCUCCCACCUAGAGAGCAGAGACCUUGCAGUCAUCGUGGCAUCUAUGGCGUACAAUACAUGGUUCACCAAGCUGUACUGCAAAGACAUGCGCUUAAGCUCGGAGGUAGUGGACCAGGUCCUUCACACCAUCAGUAAGUCCAGCAGUCUGGAAGAGCUCACUCUGGAGAACGCCGGCCUUAAAGCGGAUUUUCCUCAGAAAAUGGCCGUCGCUCUGUCGGAAAACCCGGCGUCUGUGCUCCACUCCAUCAACCUGUCCUACAACACGUUCGACAAUCAAGGAGUGUCAAUGCUCAUCCAGCAGGUGUGUCAGCUCAGCAAAGGCCUCCGUCUGCUCAACCUUUCCAAGACCUCGUUUUCCUCUAAAGGUGUGAGCUGUUUGUCUCAGGCUCUGUCUUCCAGUGAUGAUUACUCCAGCUCUCUUCUGCAUCUCGACCUGAGCAAGAACCCGGGAAUUCUUUCUGGCGAGGACGCUACGAAUCUGUACCUGUUCCUGGCUCAGCCCAACUGCCUGGUGCAUUUGGAUCUCUCCGGCACAGACUGCGCUGUGGAAUCACUGUUCGGGGCUUUACUGCGAGGCUGCUGCACCGAUCUCUCCUACCUGAACCUCUCAAAGAACUCCUUCUCUCAGAGGAAAGUCAAAGAAACGCUGCCCACCGUCCGUCAGUUCUUCUCCUCAGUCUUCAACCUCAGCCAUUUCAGCAUGGCCUCAGUGAAGAUGCCCCCAGAUGUGCUCAGGGCUCUCCUUUUGGGACUGUCCUCGAACCCGCACAUCGCUGACCUGCACCUGGACAUCAGUGGUUGUGAGCUCAGAUCAGCAGGAGCAGCAGUGAUGAAGGACUUAUUUCCCCAAGUCUCGUCUGUCAGUACCCUGGAUAUCUCAGACAAUGGCUUAGAUGCUGAUCUUUACUCGAUUAUCCCAGUCUUUUCUCGCCACCCCUCCCUCAAGCAUCUGCUACUGGGCAAGAAUUUCAAUGUCAAGGGCAGGUUGCUGGAUGAAAUCCUACAAAAACUAGUGCAGUUAGUGCAAGAAGAAGAGUGUGGUCUGCAUACUCUGUCCCUAGCGGACUCCAGACUGCGGUCCCGAGGAACAGUGCUAGUGAACGCACUUGGCAGCAACACAUGUCUCAGGAAAGUGGAUUUAAGUGGCAAUGGUCUGGAGGACACAGGGGCCAGGAUGCUGAGCAAAGCCCUGCAGAUCAACUCCUCUCUCAGGAGCGUGACAUGGGAUCGCAACAAUACCACAGCUGUCGGGUUUCAGGAUGUAGCACGCGCUAUGGAGCAUAAUUUCACUCUGCAGUGCAUGCCCCUACCACUGAGCGAUGUUACACAGGCGUAUCGCAGUUCCCCCGAGAAGACGGAACAGGCAAUGACAAAGAUCCAGCGGGCAUUGUUAAGAAACAACCAGACUCAGCGUUUCUCUCAGAAACAGGCUCUCCGGCUGCAUCAGGGUCUGGUGACUAGCACUGCGGAGCAGGUGAUGGACCGCUUGUCCGUGCGUGUCCAGCAGCAGGUAUGCGUAUUAAGAGCAGCAGGUGAGGGAGAGGACCUACAAGCUGCCAGACAAGUUCUGAAGGAGGCCAGGAGCUCUCGCGCUCUGUACCCUUCUCUGUGCGAGCUGGCUCACGUGCUCUCCGUAGACGGACCAGUUCGACAGAAAUUGGAGUCUCUGACUGGAGAACUGGCUAAAGCUGCUGACAAAGAGCUACAAGUGAUCGUGGACUCCAUGGUUUCUCUGUGUCGGGAAUUGUGUCCCCUGUCCUCGGCCGCAGCGGAGCACGGUUCUCCUCCCCUCUCUUCGAUCUCGGAGCGCGUGUCCAUCCCUCGCUCUGCAAUCCGCACUGCGCUGAUAGAGAGAGCAGCCCAGGACAUCAACCAAGCCCUGGAAGAAGUCAAGAUGUCUGUGAUUUCCUAUCUCACCAACUCCGUAGUGGACCAGAUCCUUCAAGAGCUCUAUGCCACUCACAAGACACUGCUUCAGCAAGUGGCUCGCGUGCGGCGACCGGACGACAGCGCCAUGUUCCGUCACACGCUGCGACUCGCUGACCCCAUCGACAUCCCCGAGGACGACUUCAGCAUCAGCAUAGAUACGAUCGCCAUAAAGAAGCGCAGCUCCAGGACACGACGCAUCCGGCCCGUCUCCACCAGGCUGAGUCAAGCCGAUGAACCCACCUUGUCCCCUUCACUCUCGGGACCUCGUUCGUCUGCUACGCUCUCUCGCAUGGCCUCCUGGGACAAUCUGUUCAGCUUGCCUACCCAAGGUGCACCUCUGCGCCACAUAACCCACAUCAGACCGCGCCCACCGAGGAGGCAUAGACCUGGACACACCCCUCCAGAUACGCACUCCACUGAGAACGGCGGCGUGACCCUGUUGGAUGAUGGACUCCCUGAUUUCUACACCAAGAGGGUCUUACCGGACAGUCAGGUGUCCUCUCACCACGCCCAGUCUCUGAGGGCGAAGAAGAGGCGCAACGUGCUGUCUAUCUUUACGGGAUUCAGGAAGAACCGUCUCUCCGCGUCCUAUCAAGAGGCCGAGCCUGCGGCCCAAGGGGAAGUCUGCGGGGAUGAAUGUCGCACCAACACUGGUAUAGAGAACCUGUACUCUGUGAUUCAGCGCCCUAAGGAUUACCGGAGGGCAAAGUCACAGAGAGAGGAAGUCAGUAGCAGCCCGGGAGAGGAAAAACCGCCACAGAUCUCAGGUCGAAUGUGUCACGGCAUACCCCUGCCGGGGAUGAGGGCGGUGAGCCCUUCUGUCCCACGAAGACAAUCAUCCGAAUACAGCGAAGUGUUCGUCUCUUCAAAUGUCCCCGCACUCACAAACCGAGACAAUAAAGAAGAGAACGCUCCUCAAGACGAGUCACGUGUCCCGGGUUCAAACUCAUCCUGGGCUCAACUGGACGAGGAAGCGACGGCGAAGUCGCAGCAGAGACCCGAGCCGCCUCCUCAGAGCAGCAAGCCGAAACUGGGGAACGUGAGACACCUGGAGGUUAACUCUGCAGAGGAUGGUGAAGAAGAAAGAAAUGCGGUCGACGAUAAAGGGGACUUUCAGACUGAGGAGACGCAAAAAGCAGAAGGACCAACUUCCCCUAUCUCGGAAAAGCUAGAUCAUUCGCCUGAGAGCUCUUCAGCUGAGACUCAAGCUCCGCGUCCCCUCGCCAAGCCGAGAAACCAACUGGUAGAUUUCCCCUUCAGUCAAGACUUAAAUACAUCUAUGGAAGAGGAGGAGAAGGAGGAGGAGGACAACCCCGGAGACGUAGAGAAGUCCUCAGACCCUAAACCGCCUAUGAAAAAGCCUCGAUUUCGCCCAAGAAUGAACAAAUCUUUUGAUUCCCCUGGUAAAGAUAAUCCAGAGCAAAGCGACAGCGACGCCUCGUGAUCGAAACACUUUUUUUUACAAAAGAUGGACGGGGGAUCAAGCAAGAGAGUGACGGGAUUGCAAGGGGUUAAAUAUCUUCCACCUGCUGGAUUGAUAUUGCAUUCCCAAGACUUCGUCAAUCACGUUUCUACACGCAUACACACACUCAAACACCUAUACACAGCUAUAUACUGUACACACCCUAAACACACACUGCUUGAUUGGUGUUUUUUAUAUUCUUAAAAAAAAUCUCUCCUUUGAUUUGUCUGAUUUGUUUCUUUCCUUUUCUUAUGUCUAUCCGUUCUCCAUCCUUCUUUUGGUCACUUUGGUUUUUCCACUCUUUGCCUUUCAUUAAGCAGUAUCGCUGUGCCUCUUUUAAAAGGUACCAUGAGCAAUAUUUCCCUCUUUGCACCUCAUAAGCUGUGCAUGGUGUUAUUAACUUGCCUGGCUUCUUGCUAUGACCUCAGAAUAUCAUCCCCCGUCCAGCGUCGCCCCAAUUUCUAUUCCGUGCCAGCUGGAAAAGCAAUCACACUGGUGGAGAAAAAAAAAAGGGUUUGAGUGGGGAAAAGGUUCCUUGGAAAAUAAUCAGCAGUGUUUUUUUUUUUUUGUUUUUUUUCGAUUCAUACUUGGCUUGGGGUGAUUUCACUUUCAUCGAUGUGGUGCAGACAUACAAAACUGAAAUGCAAUCAGUGUCCAAUCACAGCAUUUGAAAAAAAUAAAAAAAAACUCUUUAAUCAGUCUUGCUCCUGUAUACGCCCCGCUAAGAUAUGCUGCAAUUACUGGUUUUAAUAUUAACGCUGGAAAAAAAUGAUCAUGAGGCAAUAAAACAUAAUUAAAGGGCUGUGAUUGGACGAUGUUUGCUUUUCUGUGUGGCACAAUUGCAGCACGUGAUGUAAGUGAAAUGCAGAGCAGCAAAACAGCAAUAUUCUCAUUUUUUUAUAAUUUUUUUUUUUUAUCAAAGAUUAAGAUGUAACGCAGUGAAGGUUUUACUUUUCAGAGUGCCGUGUUGUCUUCAAGUGAUGUAAAAGAUGCAAUGCGGUUAAGGUUUCACUUUUCAGUGUCUCUGUCACAAUUUAUCAUUUUUUUAUGUGUGUGAUUACGUUUCAUAGAUCUCUAUAUUUUAUGUUUGUUAAACCCUACAGGAUGUCUCUGUAUAACAUCUCUAUCGCACUGAACAUUGAUUCGGAAAGCUUUUCAUGGCAUCUUUAGGCUUGCUGGUUUUUUUUUUUUUGUAUUGAAGCGGGAGAAAGAGAGAAUAUUAACGUCAUUGACAUGUAUUUUUUCUGCUGUUCCGUACAGAGCAGAAUUUUGCUGUAUUUAAAUAAGCUCUAUUUUUUACUGGUGUUGUGAAUGUGACAAAGUCAAUAAAAAGGAGAAUAUCAAUGCUUCUGAGAAA